AAGCACGUGGAUGUACGAAAAUACACAUAUAUUAAUUGAGUCAACAACAAAAACUGCCAAAAACACCGGGAAAAUUGUAAUUUGUUAUUCACUCAUCAGUAUAUAAGUAAUAACAAUCAUGAUGUGAGUGGGAAAUUUUAAUUAUUCAUUAAUUCCAACGUAAGCAAAACUAUUGCGUGUUACCUAACCAAAAGUAAAGGACAAAAUUAAAAUAAAUGGCGUCUAGACGUGUAUUGUCUCAAUCGGCGAGGAGAUUCGAACGAUUGUUGACUGCAUUUCCAAGGAUGGGUAGUUUCAAUUCGGCUCCGAAAAUCCUAAACGACGACUCGCAAGACAAUGACGUUAAUUUGCCGAAAAACAUCAGCCGAAAUGAACUUUUGCAGUACUGCCACAAGAGGCCCUAUGGUCAAUUGAUGGUCAAAAGGGCCUUCAGAAAGUCCCGAAGAUGCAGCAACAACGACUUGGGCAUUAAGUUGAAAAAAUUAAAUGCGGUUACAGAAACUUGCAGUGAUUACACUACAAGUCCUCACAGUAUAAGAGUUUUUCAAUGGAAUAUUUUGUCACAAGCUCUUGGUAAAGAAAACGAUAACUUCUGCCAAUGCCCCGAAGAAGCUCUAGACUGGAACCACAGAAAGUACCUAAUAGUCGAAGAAAUAAUAGAAUACUGCCCCGACAUAAUCUGCCUACAAGAAGUAGACCACUUCAACUACCUAAAACACGUUUUAGGCACCCAAGGCUACACAGGCAUGUUUUUUCCAAAACCCGACUCUCCUUGCUUCUACAUCGAUGGCAACAAUGGCCCAGAUGGUUGCGCCAUCUUCUAUAGAACCGACAAAUUCGAAUUACUACAAGCCGAAACCCGAAUCCUGGAAAUUUGGCGCAUCCAAAGCAAUCAAGUGGCCCUUUUGAUGAACCUCAAAGUCAAACAAACUGGCCAAGAACUCUGCGUAAUGACGACACAUCUCAAAGCCCGUCACAGUGCUUUGAUGGCCACUCUAAGAAACGAGCAGGGUAAAGAUUUGCUUCAAUUUCUGAAGCGUCAUUGCGCUGACAGGCCUGUGAUUCUGAGCGGCGAUUUCAACGCUGAACCCAUUGAACCUGUAUAUAGUACCGUUUGCCAAGCAGAUUUGACUAGUGCUUAUAAAGAAUGCGUCGCAUCAGAACCGCCUUAUACCACUUGGAAAAUACGGCAAGAAGGCGAAGUUUGUCACACUAUCGACUAUAUUUUUUAUUCGAAAAAUCUAUUGGAAGUUGAAAGUGUUUUGGAGUUUCCAACUGAAAAGGAUAUCGGUGAAGGGAGGGUACCAAAUUUGAGUUACCCUAGUGAUCAUUUUUCGAUGGCUUGUGACUUUAGAUUACGGACUAAUAAUGGUGAUACUGCUUAAUUUUAGUUUAUUUAAGUGAAUAAAUGAUUAUCUACAGGUGUUUAUUUGUAGAACUAAAUUAAUUGAAUAGAAUUCUAUACUUACGAUUUUUGGUUUUAAGUUGGCAGCGUCUUCU